AUGGCGACCAUCAUCCCCGCGGCGCCCGCGCUGUCGGGGGACCUCUCCCUCUUCCAUACCACCGAUCCACUGUUGGGAAACUCGCCAGUCCUCGUCUUCUACGGCCCUGCCGCGACCAUCGGCGCAACGAGCUCGCGCAUCCAGGUUCACAUCUUCACACCAGCCGGCCUGGAAUCCUACGCGCGAUUAUCGGUGUCGCCCAACUCGCCCUUCUACUCGGCUGUUAGCAACCUCCCACGAGAAGAGCAAGGCGACGAAGUGUGUCGAGGGUUGGCAUUUGGAUUGAAGAAGUACUUUUCGGAACUGUCUGGCUCAGUGCGGAAGACAUGGUGUGCGACGUCCAAGGCGCCUUCGCUUGGCGCAUUGUUUGGUGACGAUCACAUUGCUAUUCUAGCGACGCGCAUGGUUCGGUCUGAGAACGUGGACGAUGUUAUCGCAGAUCUGUCAGAUGCAUUCUGCGAACAGAAGCUGUCAUGGAUGGACGUGGACGUCGUGCUUCCGUCUGGAUCGAUCAAGGAGGUGACGAAUACCGCGGAGGAUAUCAGCGACGAGGAGAUGCUCAGGCAGCAGUAUGGGCGAUAUGCAGACCUGAUUGCAACGCUUGGGGAUAUCUCUUUCCUGCCGACGUCGAAGGUGAAGCGAGCACCUUCAAAGGCCACGGCAAUCGGCCGGAGCGCUUCGUUCCUCAAAGAUCAGAAAGAGAAGGUCCGCGAUCAGCUGUCGGAAUUGUUAUCGACUGAGGAGAACUAUGUUGCGCGAUUGGAAGAGCUUAAGAGCUUCUUCGAGAGUCUCGGCGCGGAUUUGAAAGAGCGACACCAGCAACAACUGGCCGAGGUGUUUCCAGCGACCAUUAGCGCCAUACUGGACGUCAACGCUGGCUUCCUCGACGAUCUUCAGACUCGAAUUAAGGAUACCGCCGAGGCUGCUCUGCGAGACAUCGAGAGCGCGAGCAAUGAAGAGGACAGUCGAUUUUCUGCAGCAACUCCUCCAGAUGCUUCUGGUCUGGGCAGCAUUGCGCAAUGUCUGUGCGACUGGCUGCCAAAGUUCGCGGGAUGCUACAAAGACUACAUGAGUACGCACGCACAUUCGUCUCAGACUCUGCGGAAACUCUUGCGCAACGGAGACUCCCUCUCGGUAGAGCUGCAAGACAUCGGCGAGCAGAAGCUUACUUCUCUUCUGAUCGAGCCCGUCCAGCGACUGCCACGAUACAAUUUGUACAUCGACAGUAUUGCAAAGCAGCUGCCUGUGAAGCAUGCGGCGCUCACCUCUCUUCUCAAAGCUCGCGACUUGGUCACCGAAAUCUGCGCGGAAUCAGAAGGAUCGGAGGCCUCUGAAAUGAUCGCUCGGCUGCAGGCUCGUACAACAGGGUGGCCGGUCGAUAUUUCUAUCGCCGGCAGACUGGUCACCGCAGCUGACUUUGUGGAGCUCGCACCGCCGCACAGGCUUGGUACCACAGAUAGCGCUCGCGGCAUUCUGCUACUCUUUACUGAUGGCAUCGUCGUCGUCGAAAAGACCCUCAAAUCGAAGGCCACGGCUCGUGCUCUGCUGGCCGAGAUCGAAAGUGGCUCUCUGCCGUCCAAGUCAGUCGAAAGCCUCUCGGAAAGCGGUGGCGAUCUAUUGUUUGUGCGUCGGCUACAGCUCGAUGCGGUGCAAUGCUCGGAGAGCCAUGACGGUCAGGCUUUGCAAAUCCUCAGCUUCUUUCAGCUUAGCAUGGGUGCGGUCCCGGCGCAAGAACCCAUUCUAGACUCAUGUCAGACUCUGCAAUUGGAGAAUGCAUACGACGGACGAGCAGCACGAUUCGUCGAGGAGUUCUCGAAAGCAAGAGUGGAAGCUCGCUUCUCAGAGGCCGAGCGUGAGUCGUGCAGUUGGGAGUUUCGAGCCACGAACCCGGGAUCGGACAGCCUUGGACUUUUCGCCGCAAUCUUCGAGGAUUCCAAGCCUGACUUCGUCGCAUCGAGGAUGGCAUCUGCCCAGGUGCGAAUCAUCGUGGACAUCGAUCGGCACGCUUCACCGCCAAGAGCCGGUCAAAACGGGAUACGGACGGUCAUCGCUCUCUCGCCUAAUCGCGGAGGAGACUGGCGAAUGACGGUCGAUUCGGUCGAUGGAAGUGGCGGACGUGAACAUCUUCAAACCCCUGAUCUUGUCCCAGCUGUACAGAGGAAAAUUGCAGCGCUCACAGGUCUUCGCCUCGAAACACCAAACGCCCAGCAGAAGCCAACUCUUAUCCCGCGGGAGCGCUAUCAGCGGCCCAAGUCGCCCAAGAAACUCCUCUCGAGCUUUCUUUCCAGCGUUGGACCUGGCAUCGAAUCACCCUUGCUUGCCAAGAAGGAGCUCCCGAGCUUGCCUGUUUCCAGUACGAGUUCACGACAUUCUACCUACAUCAUACCGAAGCCGCCCAGCAGGGAGUCAAGGCCGUCUUCCAAGGAGCAGAACACAUCAUUCUCGAACAUGUCAUUCUCUUCAGUAUCAACGGAGCAACUUCCAUCGCCUGUCAAGAAGCUGGAAGAGACGCUAUCAGCAUACAUACUUGCGCUUCAUGCGCGCAAGGGCAACAUCGUCGGCAAGAACCUCAAGAUGCGAAUCGUCGCAGAUGAACUCAUGGUCAGUGAGCUGUACAACAGCUUACUGGAGGAUCCGAACAUGAUGGUGCUGGCUGCCCAAGCGCCACUUGACGUGCUCUUUGCUGCGUUCGAGAAGUUCCUCAACAGAGUCUGGGUUGAGCAUAUUGGACAGGUCAUUCCAAGCGCUAUAUUGCAAGAUAUUCAGACCAAGGCCGAGACCAUGUUCCCGACCGACUUCGACCAGUACUUCCGGACUGCGCUGGCCAAGCUUGCCCCUCAGAAUCAACGUGCAUUCAAAGCCAUCAUGAAAUUGCUGGCGGAUCUGCUUGACGGCACCGGCAAUGAUGGCGAUCGCGGCAUCUUGACUGCCGCUUUCGCGGAGGUUCUUGUCACCGAUGGCAACCCUCAUGAGUACAUAGCGCUGAUUGAUCGCUUCGUCGAUGAUACCGACACGUACUUUGGUGAGCCUGUGGAAGAGCCGAUCAGUCACAAACACGAUACAGGCUCCGUCAGCUCUCACAAGAGGACACGAUCUGCAAAUUCAGCUUCACUCACAAGCAACACAUCUUCCCUUCGGCGAAAGUUCGGCUUCGGCACAUUAUCGAGGGAGAACAGCAAGACUGAAGAAUCAAAAGUGGCAUCUGUGUGGCGAACCCUCAGUAAGAGUACGCGCGGUGAUGUCAGUCCUGGUGGGAGCUUGAGCAAGGCUUCCCUUGGCCGGUCAAGGUCCAUCGACACUGGUGAUCGUCCGAAGUCUCAAGAAGGGCUCAAGGGCUUUGGCACGAUCUCUACCAACAACCUCAUGACCAUCGGCGAACACCCAAGCUUCAUUCCAACCGGACCUCCUCGAAAGAAGCGGCGUAGUUCGCUGUCUGAUUUGAAGGUCUUGAACGGUGCAUCAAGCCGUGAGCCAUCUGCGCCAAACACGCCUCACCGACCCACUCUUGCUCCAAGCGCAAUCGAGGAUCUGCCUACUAUGCCGCCCCUCGUGCCGUCUACGCCUUCUUCCAUUCGCGGAAGCUACGCUCGGUAUGGCACACCACAGCAAUCUUCGCCUCGGUCACGGUUGCCAUCGUCCUUUAGGAGAGACCUUUCACCCGGACCGAACAAAGCACUUGCAAGCACCGAGACUCUAUCACGGCCCAAGACGAGCGGUGACAAGCCGGAUGAGGUUGUCAUCACAGCACGACCGACCUCCAACAUUCCAAGCCUGAUGCCCAAACCGACCUUCAUCCCCAAGUCUUCACCCCGUGCCGGCCUCUCCGAGCGACCUGGAGCCGGCAAUAUCGUCAAGCAGCCAUCUCCUCAACCUGAAAAGAAGCCGGCCUAUGUCCGACGCAAUACCAAUCCCGAUCUCUCCGCUUCCUCUCUCGCGCCUCGCAAGCUUCGCAUGCAGUCUCCGCAAAAACUUCGCGAACGCCUUCAGAAUGAGCAAAAGUCCAUCGCCGCCGUGCAGGACAGCUUACAAGAUGAACUGUCCAAAAUCGGUAACGAGCUGACCGCUUCAUCCACGACUAACAGUCCUCUCCGACCCACCACCUCCCGCGCCAAUAAGACCUUCACCGGCCGCAGCCACCUUGCCUCUAUCAACGGCACGGGUCCCAAUACCAUGGACCUCGCCCAGCGCGUCCUGAAAAUGGAAGCUCUCCUCCCGACUCAAAUUGACGAAGCCAACCAGCGUAUAUCUGCCAUCCAGACGGACUUGCAGUCCUCUCUCAGCGUCUCCGAGAACAAAUGCAAAAAGCUGGAUGAGCUGUACCGAGAAGCGAACGGCGAGAAUGAGGCGCUCUAUUCGCGCUUCAACGAGGAGUUGGGACGGGUGUUGAAGGUCGUCAGGGGAGGGGACGGGGUGGAGGAAUUGAAGAAGCAGUUGAAGGAAGCGCAAGAGGAGGCGGGCAUGUUGAAGCGGGAGACGAUGAGGUUGAAGAGGGAGAAUGUGGGACUGAGGGCGCAGUUGAGGGAGUGA